AUGGCCGCGCUCUGGGAUUCCGCGUCUCCCGUGGACAAUGGUGAUGAAGUCUUGUUGAAUCUAACGGAGCUGGGAGAAGAGAACCUAUCUGCGCCUUCGACACAAGGCUCCGCUCCCAGCGAUGUUCUCAACCUCUUCCGGUUAAGUCCCGACAAGCCGUGGACGAAGCAGAUUCCGAAAGACCUGACCGAGCCCGUCGAAAGCCUGGAACCCGUGAAGUCCCCGGUGAUUGUCCGAUGGACCAAGGGUGAGGACGCCCGCUGGCAGGCCCGAUCCUUCACCUUGCAGAGCGAGGAGAUCAGGCAGGCUCUGACGCCAGCGUUCGCGGGUUACGCCGGCAUCACCAUGACUCUGGAGACUCUCACAUUCGAGUACCCGUACGUGCCGUUCGUACGUCGGUGGCAACCAUUCUGCCAGACGCGGGAGGAAACGCAGAACCCGACAAUCCGCUCCUACCUCGACCUGUUGCAUCAGAUUCUGGAUAACGAGAUUGGCGAUAUUCUCACCCGCCGGGCGGACCUACUCAAGAACGGCGUCAUUACCCACGACCUCCUAUGGACGGUCUUCAUUCCGCAGACGGUUCUCUUCAGCGUGGGUAGCGGCACCCCUCGGGCGUACGAGUGCGUAGACUCGUACACGCACGGCAAGGACAGCUUCAUCGAAGUAAAGACACGGUACGUCGAUUAUGACGGGGAAAAGUACCACUACGAGCACGAGGUGGUUAAUAUCUGCCCUUUCAAGGGCACGAUGGCCCUCGACGCGCUGCAGAUCUUCCCUCUGGCAAACCACCGGGAUGCAGAAAGCGUUAGGCGGCGGCUGAUUGCACGCGGAAAGACGUGGGAAUCAUACGAUGGCUCGCAUUACAAGCACGUGCGGGACCACGGGCGCGUGAUGAUUGACCCCGCUGGAUAUAAGAAGCACCACAACAGCCAUAUGAAUGGAUGGGAGACCGAGGUCACGGAAAUCGCGACGGCCAUGACCGACGAGCAUCGGCUGCUGGCCACCCCGUGGGUGCGCGGUUUCUCGUUGCGGAAGAAGGAGUGGCGGGCGUUUGUGGUCGAUGAGGUUGAGGAUAUUGUCUGGAGCAAGGAUGCCUUUGACUCCUUGGUCCUCCCCCGCGGGCAACAGGAUCUGAAGAAGUUAAUCCUCGCCGUUGCAAAAGCCCAGUCACAUGACUCGUUUGACGACGUGGUCCACGGCAAGGGCCAGGGUGUGAUUCUGCUUCUAAGCGGCCCGCCGGGCGUUGGUAAGACGCUGACAGCGGAAAGUAUCGCGGAGGUUAUGAAAGUCCCGUUAUACGUGCUGGGGGCCGGGGACCUCGGGACAACUGUGGCUAACGUGGAAGCAAAGCUAGAGGAGGUCCUCGAGCUCGUGCCUCGUUGGAACGCAGUGCUUCUGAUUGACGAAGCCGAUGUCUUCCUCGAGGCCCGCACGGUAUCCGAUCUGGCCCGAAAUGAACUGGUCUCGAUCUUCUUGCGAAAAAUGGAGUACUACGAGGGUAUUCUAUUCCUGACGAGUAAUCGCGCGGAGAACAUCGACCCGGCCUUCGACUCUCGUAUUCAUAUUUCACUCCAAUACCCGGACCUCGAUGCUGUGUCUCGGCGGCAGAUCUGGGCGCAGUUCCUUCGCGCCACCGCCGAUAUUACGGAGGCGCAGCUGGACAGCCUAGCGGAGUUGGAACUCAACGGUCGGCAGAUCAAGAAUGUGCUGAAGACUGCGCAUCUCCUGGCACGGGAUCAAGAGCGAGGACUGCUGUUCGCUGAUCUGGAGACGGUCGUCAACUUAAGGUCUCUGGGCGGGAAGCCCUCAAGCAUAUGGCAGAACUUCCUCAAAAGCUUAGGGCUUGCUUGGCUGGGCUAAAUAGAAUGCAC